UCGAACCCGGGUUUAUUACUUCUUUAUACUCUCUCUAGCCGCAGAGAAGAGUGUAGCCCCCGUCUUCUCCUCGAGACUGAUCCACCGCUUCUCCGACGAAUGCAGAGCUUCGAUUAAGUCUCCCGAGUCCUUUCCAUCGAAGCGGAGCUUCGAGUAUUAUCGGUUGCUCGCGAGCAUCGAUUUGAGAAGACAGAGGAUGAAUCUCGCCGCCAAGUCUCAAUCCCUUGUUCCAUCAGAAGGAAGCAAAACGAUUUCUUCUGGAAACGACUUUGGAUGGUAAAUUAUAAAAAAAGUUAUCUUUUUCUUCUUUUGAUGUUUUCAAAUGUUAAAGUUUGUAUUUUUAUGUGUUUUUGACUACACGUGGUUCGACAUUGGGACACCGAGUGUAUCGUUUCUUGGGGCGUUAGAUUCCGGAAGUGACCUCCUUUGGAUUCCUUGCAACUGUGUGCAGUGCGCUCCUUUAGCUUCCACUUACUACAGCAGCUUGGCUACUAAAGAUCUUAACGAGUAUAAUCCCUCAGCUUCAACCACCAGCAAGGUGUUCCCCUGCAGCCAUAAGCUCUGUGAGUCAGCUCCAGCCUGUGACAGUCCGAAGGAGCAAUGUCCUUAUACCGUUAGCUACGCUAGCUACAACACCUCCAGCUCGGGGUUGCUCGUUGAGGACGUCUUGCAUCUUGCGUAUAGUGCCAAAGCUUCUUCUUCUGUCAAGGCUCGAAUUGUUGUAGGAUGUGGUAAGAAGCAGAGUGGUGAGUUCUUGGAGGGGAUUGCUCCAGAUGGUGUGAUGGGUUUAGGACCUGGAGAGAUCUCGGUUCCUAGUUUUCUUGCCAAAGCGGGACUCAUGCGGAACUCUUUCUCCAUGUGCUUUGAUGAGGAGGACUCGGGGAGGAUUUACUUUGGUGAUAUGGGACCGUCCACGCAGCAGUCAACACGUUUCCUUCCGUACAACAAUGACUUUGUGGCUUACAUUGUUGGUGUGGAGGCUUGUUGUAUAGGCAAUUCGUGUCUAAAGCAGACGAAUUUCACAACACUUAUCGACAGUGGACAGUCAUUUACUUUUCUACCUGAAGUAAUAUACAGAGAAGUUGCACUUGAGAUUGAUAGUCAUAUAAACGCUACUGUUAAGAAGAUCGAUGGUGGUCCAUGGGAGUACUGCUAUGAAACUAGUGUUAAGCCAAAGGUGCCAGCGAUCAAACUCAAGUUCUCGUCCAAUAACUCAUUCCUGAUUCACAAACCUUUGUUUGUACUCCAACGAAGUCAGGGGCUUGUUCAGUGUUGCUUGCCUAUCAGUGCUACUGAAGAAGGCACUGGAGGAGUCAUAGGACAGAACUACAUGAGAGGGUACCGAAUAGUUUUCGAUAGAGAAAACAUGAAGCUUGGCUGGUCAUCUUCCAAAUGUCAAGAGGAUAAGAUAGCGCCACCUCAGGAGGCUUCACCAGGAAGCCCUUCGUCACCAAAUCCAUUGCCAACAGAGGAGCAGCAAAGCAGAAGCCAUGCGGUUUCACCAGCAAUUGCAGGUAAAACUCCUUCAAAACAUCAUCAGCAUCAUGCCGCUUCUCUUCCAUGAGAUUAUUAUUCAACUCUCUUCUUCUUCUCCUUCUACUACUUGGAGUUGUCUCUUAUAUGUAGAGAGAAACAUUGUAUUAUCAGAAGAAAAAAACAUAACUAUUUUGCCUUUGCAUAUAUAUAAGAAGAGUUCAUUUUAUAAAGUC